GUGCCACACCGACCAGUAGUCAGUAUCCACCUUCCAGCUUUAGCAGUACCACGAUCUGGUCCGCUAAGUUUUCCCAUCGCAGCCCAAUAAGCUCCAGCUUGCAACAACCCAUCAUCAUGAAGGCUGUCCUGUUCUUCGCCGCUCUCGCGCUGUUCGUCGCACUGGCCCUCGGCCAGAAUGGCUGCGUCCGUGACGAUUCCGACGGUCAGCCGCUCUGCAAUGCUGAGGAAAUGACGGCCCGCCUGUGGCGUAACAACUGGGACCCCACCGCCUACUGGGAGUGCGAGACUGCCAACACGCCCGCCACCUACCGUCGCUGCCCGACCGAGGGUAUGUUCAACGGUGCCACCCGUACCUGCAUCAACUGGUUCGACUGGGAGUGGACCCCGACCUGCAAGCCGCCCAGCCGCGUGUAAGCCGGUAUUAGGAAAUGGGUGGGAAACCCGUGCUCACGCACACAACACACGAAUCCUUCCUACUUCCCCCAUACCCGUCCUACACUUCGCUAAAAUCACACGCUCCUCUCCCGAAGUUUUGCGGCUUUUUGCAUUGCAAAAAGUCCGGAACGCAAUCACCACACCUCUGUGUAUGUAAAGGAAACGUACCAACAUCCCGGCAAUACAAAUAAAAGGCUGUAGUUACUUAGAGUGCCAAUUUUAAAACAAA